CCUAUAAACGCGCGCACGCUCGAGCCAGCUACCACGGCAUCUGCUUGAGUUGGAGCAACACACCAAGAAGGCCAGAGAGAUUCAGAGAACUACACCGAGAAGGCGAGAUUGUUUGCGUGGUUGGUAAUUUGGCCGGCCUUGAUCGAUCGAGCGGAGAAGAGAAGAGAAAGAUGGCGGGGAGCGGUGUCCUGGAGGUGCAUCUCGUCGACGCCAAGGGCCUCACCGGCAACGACUUCCUAGGCAAGAUAGACCCGUACGUGGUGGUGCAGUACCGGAGCCAGGAGCGCAAGAGCAGCGUCGCCAGAGAUCAAGGGAAGAACCCGAGCUGGAACGAGGUGUUCAAGUUCCAGAUCAACUCCACGGCGGCGACCGGGCAGCACAAGCUCUUUCUGCGGCUCAUGGACCACGACACCUUCUCACGGGACGACUUCCUCGGCGAAGCAACGAUCAACGUGACUGACCUGAUCAGCUUAGGCAUGGAGCACGGCACAUGGGAGAUGAGCGAAUCCAAGCACCGGGUCGUCCUCGCGGACAAAACAUACCACGGCGAGAUCAGAGUCAGCCUCACGUUCACGGCUUCUGCAAAGGCUCAAGACCACGCAGAACAGGUUGGAGGAUGGGCGCACAGCUUUCGUCAGUAGAAAGAUUGUGAACUUCAAGUCUAUAAUCAGUUGGGGCCUGUGGGAGGUUUAGAUAAGUAUACUAUAGUACUAGCAAGGUAGGAUUUUGUGAGUAACAACGGCAUCUAAUGCCCAAGAUUGAUGUGGUUCGAAGUGUAUGUAUGCUGCCUUUUUUUUUUCUAUACUAGAUGUAUAUUCAGAACAUUGUAGAGUCAUGAACCUGUUAAUGGAUGUGAAUUAUGAUACUACUUCAACC